UCCUCCAUGAGACACUGUCUGUCCCAUUGGGCGGUUCUCCGCUUCCUGUUUACAGUCCAUGUUGCGUUGCCGGGCGCGUUGCCUGGCGACGGGCCGCUGUUGCAGUUUCUCCCGCCAUGGAUCUGUGCGGGGUGAAGGAGCCCACGGUGAAAUACUUGGAGCCGAAGCCGGCGCCGGAGCCUCCUCCCUCGCCACGGACCAGCCAUUAUUACCGGGUCAAACCGGGCGUCCCCGACAGAUUCGAGCAUCCCAACAUCUUCCAGGGUUACAGAUCCCGACCUCUUAAUCCGAUAUAUCGAACAACCAACCAAAUCUAUGGGAGUCAGCAGCCAACUGUUCAUGAAAUGCCGACCAGCUACUUUUCAAUAUCUCGGAAAAUCUCUGAUGAUUUAAGUAAAUGUGGGAUGUACAAAGACAACGGAUUUAACGUGGACCUGGACAAAACGCUGGUCACUGGGCCAGAUAACCUCGUUAAGUUUCAGGACCGUCUGAACUUCCACCGUUCCUACCUGCGGAGCGGAACGUCAGAAACGGAAUAGUGGGUGCCAUCGCCUGCUGCUUCCUAACGGAUACUUCCCCCGCUGCUCCUUCUCUGUACCAGUGGCUGCAAUUACUGCGCAUGUCCCUUACCUGACCCUUCAAUUAAUUUAAAUUUAGUGUAUUAAAAGUAUUCGUUCAGAACUAGUAUUAAACGGAGUUAGUAUUUAUUUUUAAACCAUUGUAAUUCCCUUGUAUGUAGUCAUUGCUCAAAGCCCAACUCAAAGCCACCCUUCACUCCAUGAUUUAGUUUGUGAAUUCAAGUCUGGCUCAAGGUUUGAACACCUAACGCACGCUGGCACUUCCUCCACAGCUCCUCGUGUACUUUGAGGGGUAGUGAGA